UAGAAGACAUUUAACACAAAAGAAACUUAAACAACAAGGGUUCUGUCUUUAGAACUAAAACCCUAUAUUUCAAUUCUUUCAUUGAAUCCCGGCAUUCGUUCACCGAUGCCGGAAAAGCCAUUAUUCGGUAAAUAUGAGCUUGGAAAGGUACUCGGAUGUGGCGCAUUCGCUAAAGUGUACCACGCUAGAGACAUCAACAAUGGCCAAAGUGUUGCAAUCAAAGUAAUAAACAAGAUCAAUAUUUCCAACAAAGACAAUACUCUUCCGGACAAACACAUCGAACGCGAGAUCACCAUUUUACGCCAACUACGCCACCCUUACAUCGUCAAACUCUAUGAAGUGCUCGCCACAAAGACGAAGAUUUACUUCGUCAUGGAAUACGUCAAAGGAGGCGAAUUAUUCACACAAAUUUCCAAUAAGGGAAAAUUCAGCGAAGAUCUCAGCCGCAAAUGCUUCCAGCAACUGAUAUCCGCAGUUAAUUACUGCCAUUCACGUGGUAUUUACCACCGUGAUUUAAAACCGGAAAAUAUUCUAUUAGAUGAAAACGGAGAUAUAAAAGUCUCCGAUUUCGGUCUCAGUGCCACAACUGAACAAAUUCAAUCAUUCGAUGGGCUUCUACAUACAGUUUGCGGAUCUCCUGUUUACGUGGCACCUGAGAUUUUGACGAUUAAAGGAUACGACGGAGCAAAAACGGAUAUCUGGUCUUGUGGAAUUAUUCUGUACGUAAUGAUCGCCGGUUAUUUCCCGUUCUACGAUCAAAAUCUGAUGCUAAUGUACAAAAAAAUCUACAAAGGCGAAUUCCGGUGUCCGAGAUGGAUGUCUUCCGAUGUUAAGCGGAUAUUAUCUCGUCUUUUGGAUAUAAAUCCGGCAACGAGAAUAACGAUUGAAGAGAUAAUAAAAGAUCCAUGGUUUAGAAAGGGAUUGAAAUUUAUCAAAUUCUCUGAGGAGGAAGAAAAUAAGAUAAAUUCAUCAUCGAAUUGUUUGAAUGCAUUUGAUAUAAUUUCUUUCUCUCCAGGUUUGGACAUUUCCAGAUUGUUCAGAUCGAACAAUUCAGUGGAUGAUUUGGAGAGGACGGUAGUGGAAGAGUCCCCGGAGAGUGUAAUAGAGAGAAUUAAAGAGCUGGCAAAAAAGGAGAAAUUCAGGUUGAAGAGGAAAAAAGAAUGGGGAAUUGAGAUGAUAGGGCAAAAUGGUAAAUUAACAAUGAGCCUGGAUGUAUAUCGAUUGACCGAACAAUUGGUAGUAGUGGAAGUUCAAAAAAGUGGUGGUGAUGGUGAUUUGUAUAAAGAUGUAUGGAGGAAUAAAUUGAAACCGGUAAUUCUGGGCCAGCAAAUAGCAGAGAUUCAGGUUUCAGAGAGCUAGUUGUUUUAGUUUAAUUGUAUUACAUUGCAGAAAAGAAAGAAAAAAGAUAUACGAUCAUGUUGUUUGUUUUUAAAAAAGAAAAAGUUAGUGUAAAGUAAAAAAGCAUAUACAGUGAGGAAGUUCAUAAUGUAAAUACAUUUUUUCGUCUUA